CCUGGCUAGUGCAGACAAACCACACAUUCAUAUGCAAAUUAGUUCUUAUAAAUACCUACAACAGCUCUAUAGCGGCAGCAGUACGUCUCGCGAAGAUUGUACAAUAAUCACAGGGCGUCUCGCCUGUCGUGUAUAGAUUUUCUCUGACCGGGUCCGUUUGCCAGCUGCUCUCUUUCACGGAUCGGGAAAAUAGCAGUGGAAUACAAACUGGGAUCUCAGACUGACUGCACGGCUCAGGCUGAAAACCAACAUGGCCCCCUCGGCUCUGCACAUCAAGAACGGACUUGGCAUGGAUGAGGAUGACUACUACGGGAUUAAUAAAGGGGAUAGAAAGGUACGGCGCAUCUGUGGUUGUAGUGUCGCUGAUCCCAUUCUAUAGAGUAGCCUACCCUAGUAAUGCAGUUAUUACAUUGUUACAAACGCACUAACAGGCCUAUGUGUCAUUGUUACAGGCGAGAAAACCUUUGGUGGAGAAGAAGAGGCGUGCUCGUAUCAAUGAGAGUUUGCAGGAGCUCCGGAUCUUGCUCGCUGACACCGACGUGAGUUUUGCGCACCUCCCGCGCUGUUGACUCACCUGGCGCGGCUGCGCUUAUUGGCUUGAGCGUAGCCUCUGCAAUAAUACCUGUCAUUGAAGCGAAUGAAAUCUAAUAUUUUUCACUUCGUCUCCCCUCGGUUUCAGUCAAAGGUGGAGAACGCAGAGAUUCUGGAGAUGACGGUGAAAAAAGUGGAGCACAUUCUCAAGGAUCGCCCCCAAGGUAAGCAGUGAGCAAUGGCACAGACUAUUGACCCUAUUCUCCACUCAUUAAAGUGGAUGUAGGCCUAUAUCAGGUGCAAUUGAAUCUAAGUAGGCCUAAUUUCCUUUCUUCCUCAGAGACUGACAUCUUGAACCGGGAGGCCAGCGAGAGGUUUGCAGCAGGCUACAUCCAGUGCAUGCAUGAGGUCCAUAUGUUUGUGUCCAACUGUCCCGGGAUAGACGCGACGGUGGCGGCCGAGCUACUGAACCACCUGUUGGAGAGUAUGCCCUUGAACGAGGACCACUUCCAGGACAUGGUUAUGGAUAUAAUAUCGGACACUUCCAGCAACAACGGCAGCACUUGGCCAGCCGGCGAGGCAGUGUGCGUGGCCCUAGCCUCACCCGGAUGCAGAAGUAUAGCCAACGGCUCUUCCUCGGCCCUCUCCUCCGCCGCCUCCACCACCUCCAGCGAGGACCUGUGCUCUGACCUGUACGAGACAGACAGCGAGCACAACCAGAGCGCUACCGACGCACUGGAAAACCAAGAGGCCCAGAACAUGCCCACUAUCACCUACUCCAAAUCCAUGUGGAGGCCGUGGUAG